GGCGACGCGCAUUCGCAUUGAGGGCGACCUUCAGUGGCUGCGAGUCAGGGUAUUUAGCUGAGUGUGGGCAAUGGGCGACGUGUCUGAGCGCACUCUGCACUUGGUGGUGCUCCUGGCCUUCGCUUCCGGGGUGCUGGUGGGAUGGCAGUCUAACCGGAUCCGCAGGAGGUACCUGGACUGGAGGAAGAAGAGUUUACAGAGCAGACUGGCGGAGACCCAGAAGAAGCUGGACCUGUCAUGAGGAGUCAGUGCAGUGAGUGCACAUGGAGACACUAUUAUCUGAUUAUAGCUGCAGGCAGAGCAGGCUCAAAUGGAAAAUAAAACAUUGAAACUAAUUGGAUGAGUCAUUUCAAAUUGAAGAACCAUACAAAUUUGUAUAUAUUUGUUUUUGUUUAUGGAGAACUGUUUACAAAUUGCGAUAAAAGUAAUUUUAUUUAACCCUUAA